CACGUACGAACAGAUUAUUCCUGCGCGAAUAAUUUCAUGCACGCGAAAUGAAGCUUGGCUUAUCUCUAUUGGUGGUAGACUAUCUUACUGACAACAUUCAUCCUUUCCUCACACUCUUUUCCAUUACAGGCCAUGAUCAAGGAUGCCAUCAUCUCUCACCCCGACGAAUCCCGCGCUGGUCUCAGUCGCCCAACCAUCAAGAAGUACAUCUUGCAAAAGUACACUGCAACCAGCAAGGUUUCUGAAGCCACCUUCAACAACCACAUCUCCAAGGCCAUCGUCAAGGGUGCUGAAAAGAAGGUCUUCACUUUGCCCAAGGGACCAAGCGGUAAAGUUAAGUUGGCUCCAAGCGUCAAGGCAAAGACCGCCACCAAGAAGCCCGCAUCAGCAGCAAAGAAGACAACGGCCAAGCCAGCUAGCAAGAAGGUCUCAACCACAACCAAGAAAGCCAGCACAACAAAGAAACCCGCUGCAAAGAAGACAAAAUCUUCCACAGCAUCAAAGGCAAAGAAGCCUGUUUCGAAAAAGGUCUCUAGCAAGAAGGCACCCGCAUCAAAGAAGAAAGUUGCUUCCAAGAAAGCUUAAAUAGUCUUCCCAAUCUCUUUGACUAGCGUUCCCUGUGCUUCUAUGGAGGUAAGGACGGAAGGGGAAGAAGGAUGAUAUAACCAUCUUUCUUCUCCAUGCCAUC